UUUCGAAAAGGAACUCACUGGCAGUUGCAGUAUGCUGUGUUUGUGUUCUUCAUAGGAAAACAGUAGUGCCAUGGAGGAAUUUCAGGUGAUCGUCCAUACCUUACCAGCCCCCACCUCUGGAACAUACAGCAUCCUACGGCUCACUCUGAUUGGCUCAGAGGGUGGCGAAACCCCGCCCAUCUCAGUGAACGCUGGGGCCAACCAGCACCGCCUCCUACCUGGAUCAGCCUGUGUGGUCAGAGUGUGGUCAGAGGUGGCACUGGGUCGAGUAGUUCUGGUCCGGCUACGGUUGGAGGCUCGGACGGGUUUCCCGGACCUGGACUGGCACUGCAGGGGGGUGGAGGUCCGGAGGCUGUGUGASAGACAGGAGGAAGGGGCGGGGCUACAGCACCAAGGGGCAGAGCACUUCCCUUGUAGCAGGUGGCUCCGGUCUGUAGAUGGUGACGUGGAGCUACGGAAUGGAGACAUGUGUCUGUUGAACUCAGAGACUGUGCAAACACUGAAGGACCACAGACUCAAAGAUCUGCACACUAAACAGCAGCACAUCAGGUGGAGGACGUUUGCUGAGGGGGUCCCUCACUGUGUGGACAUGACCAGUCUGAAGGAACUGGGACCAAACCUCAGCUACACACGCCAGAGCCCAGGCAUCAAUCUGCAGUAUCUAAGGGGUUUUGCUGAGAGAGCUGAAUCCUGGAGUAGCUUUACUGAGCUGGAGACCAUGUUCAGCCACAAUGGGAGCCAGAAUACUGUCGCUAAGUAUGUGCAGGCCCAUUGGGCUGAGGACUGGUUCUUUGGCUACCAGUGUUUGAACGGCUGUAACCCUCUCAUGGUGCGACAGACACGCCUCCUCCCUCCCAACCUGUCAAUCAACUCUGACAUUCUCUGCCCCUUCCUUCCUGACGGAUCCUCACUGGAACAGGAGCUAGAGAGAGGGUCUAUUUUCCUGCUGGACUACGAGAUGUUGGAAGGUGUCCCGGCCAACGUAAUCAAUGGGAAGCAGCAGUUUCUCGCCGCCCCGCUAGUCCUUCUGCACCUCAACCAGCAGGGGGAGCUCAAACCCAUCGCCAUCCAACUGCAGCAGGCCCCUGGUCCUCAGAACCCAGUGUUCCUGCCCUCUGACCCUGGCCCUGAUUGGCUGUUGGCUAAGACCUGGGUGCGCUGCUCAGACUUCCAGUGCCACCAGCUUUCCUCUCACUUCCUCAGAACCCACCUGCUGGGAGAGGUGUGUUGCACUGCCACCCUCAGGCAGCUGCCAGAAGUACACCCUCUACACCAGUUGUUGAUGCCUCACAUAAAAACCACACUACAGAUCAACAUCCAAGCCAGGGCCUCUCUACUGGCUGCCAACGGAGUGUUUGACAAGAACGUAGGCUGUGGUCUGGAGGCGUUGCCUGUACUGUUGUCUCGAGCCACAGAGCGUCUGCGUUACCGCUCCCUGUGUGUCCCUGAUGACCUGGCAGACAGAGGGAUACACACACUCAAACACUGCUACUAUGCACAUGACGCACUGCGAGUGUGGAACGCACUGCACAGAUUUGUGAGUGGCUGGGUGGAUAUGUAUUACCUUGGAGACCAGGAUGUGGAGCAGGACUCUGAGCUGCAGAGCUGGAUCACUGAGAUCUACACACAUGGCUUCCUACAGCUCCCUCACUCAGGUUGCCCACAGUCAUUCCAAACCAAACCAGAACUCUCUCAGUUUGUUACCAUGGUUAUAUACUGCUGCUCUGCGCUGCACGCUGCUGUCAACUUCUCUCAGGUGGAUUUUGACCUGUGGAUGCCCAACUGCCCAGCCUCCAUGAUGCACCCCCCUCCCCAGACCAAAGGCAUGUUGACGGAAGACGAGAUUCUCUCCAUCCUCCCGGACGUCAACUCCACCUGCAACCUCCUCAUCACUCUGUUCCUACUGUCCCAGCCCGCUGCCGACUACGUGCCUCUGUGUCAGUAUCGUGAGCCUGUGUUCAGCAGUGGCGCUCCUCACAGGCUGGUGGAGAAGGUGCAGGCCGAGCUCAGGGCCAUUUCUGAUGAGAUCACAGACAGGAACAAGAAGCUGGAGCUGCCCUACGACUACAUGUCCCCCGACCGCAUCGAGAACAGUGUGGCCAUCUGAGCUGCUGUGAAUACACCCACACAGACACGCAUGCACACACGUUAUGUUCUAUCCUCGUAGGGACCUAAAAUUAAUUUCCAUUCAAAGUCCUAUUUUCCCUAACCCUCCAUUUAAAAUAGCCUUUGUCCUCGUGAUUUUAGGUCCCCACAAGGAUAGAAGAACCAACCAAUCCACACAUGCACACACGGACCCCAAGGCGCGCACACACACUUCCAGCCACAUGCACAAACAUAAAUGACAGCUUAAGGUUAAAAAAAAGUGUUAAAACCUGCUCUAUAAUGAUUUAACUCUAUUAACCACAAUGUUUCUUCAGUUUCUAUGAAUCACGC